AUGGGAGACGUGCUCCGGGAGCUACGAGCGGUCGCGAAUACUGUAGACAAAGACAGCCACACGAGAGGCAAGCUCGCCAUGCUUGCAUCGAGUAGCUUGUCCGAUAAGCUGAUGAUCAUCUAG